AUGGCGCCGCCGCGAAGCCUCGCCGGCGCCGCCAUAGCUGCCACUGCCGCAGCCAUCGUCCUCUCAUGCUUGCUCUACAGGCGCAAAUGCGCUCGUCUGGCCGCGCGGGUCCGCGAGGUGGAGGUCUCACUUGCGGUCGCUGCAGAAAAGGUCGCUGCCGAGCGCCGCGGCAGAGUGCGGGCCCAGCAGUCGCUGAGGAGGGCACUGAGUCAGCAGGAGUCUCGCUCCGACGAGGCGAGGCCGGCCAAGGCCGCCGCCCCAGCAUCUUACCCGCUGGCGCCGAUUGGCACUGUCCAGUCCUGCUUCUCCACUAGGAAUGGUACACCAAGGCAGCCUUUGGUAGUUACGUUGGCUAGGGCAACUGUGGCGCUUGAUCCAGCCCGAGUCCCCGCAGCAGCCCUGGAGGGACUAGCUAGUUACUCACAUUGCUGGAUUCUUUAUGUUUUUCACCUUAACACUGAUCUUGAUAAACUAUGGAAAGAUCCUGCUAGGUCUAAGCUAAAAGCAAAGGUAAGGGUACCGAGAUUGAAAGGGGGCAAGAUGGGGGUUUUGGCAACUAGAUCGCCACAUCGGCCUAAUCCAAUCGGACUCAGCGUAGCAAAGGUGGAGGCGGUGGAUGGGCAUACUCUUUUGCUUUCUGGAGUAGAUUUGGUUGAUGGCACGCCUGUGCUUGAUAUUAAACCAUACCUGCCAUAUUCUGACAGUGUUAAAGGUGCAGCUGUUCCCAAUUGGUUAGAGGUUGAUGGUGCAUUAGCCGUGGAGUCUGUCCAUUUUUCUGAACAUUUCAUUUUUGCACUUCCCACUUGCUGGACGCAUAUACAGCAGCAGUCGCUCUAUGCUUCAGCAGACGAGUUUCAGGAUCUUAUCAAGCAGGUCCUUUCCUGGGACAUCAGAUCUAUCUCACAGCGGACCCGUCCCCAUCAAGUGAGCAUGGAAGCUGAUGCCAAUGACCACUGUGGCGAAGACACUGAUGAUGACCACAGGGACACAGGUCACUGCGGUGUGGUUUACCACCUACAUCUUGAAGGCAUCGAUGUAUCGUACAGAAUCGAUCAAGGCUCCAACAUUGUCAUCGAGGGCGCCGCCCUUCUUCCGGACGUCGUCCAGAAACGGCAUGGUUAUUUGGCGUGGAGGGACAAACUUGGCAGCAGCGUUUUGUAG